CUUUUAUAAAAACAGAAAAGUUUCGUCCUUAUUAAUCUUUAACCUUACUUCACUCGCAGAAGAUCAUAAUUCCUCUUAGGGUUCUUGUUCUUCACCAUCUCUCUUCUUCUUUUGCUUCUUCAUUUUCAGAGAGAUCCAAAGGAAAAAGAUUAGGGUUUUCGUGGGUUCAUAUCUAAAUGGGUAGGUGCGGAAGGAGCAGCGACGGAGGGAUUAGUGGAGUUAGGCCGUACGUACGGUCUCCGGUUCCUCGCCUGAGAUGGACGCCGGAGCUUCACCGGAGCUUCGUUCACGCCGUUGAUUUGCUCGGUGGUCAAUACAAAGCAACUCCAAAACUUGUUCUUAAGAUAAUGGAUGUGAAGGGACUAACUAUUUCACACGUCAAGAGCCAUCUCCAGAUGUAUAGAGGAUCCAGACCCACUCUUCUUGGAAGACUAGAAGAGAGUUCUUCAUCAUCUUCAAGAAGAAGAAGAAGACAGGACAAUGAAGAUCAGCUUCAUGACAACUUGUCUGAACACGCAAGGAAUGAUUGUCUUUUGGGUUUUCACUUUUUUAACUUCAGAGAGCAGACUUCAGGAACUGAUAAUGAUGACGGUGACUUUCUUAACAUCAUGAACAUGGCGAGAACGAAUACAUUUGCAGGCAAUGGCAGGUCCAUCAAAUUUCAGCCUCAUCACUUUCUCGAGGCUCAGAGCAUGAAGGGAAACAUGAAAAACAAACACGAAAAAGAAGAAGAAGAACUAUCCUUGUCUCUGUCGCUGAAUCAUCAUCCUAAUCAUCAACAACGUUGGAGAAGCAAUGCGUCAUCGUCACUUAGUGAAGCCAGCGAAGCAGUCUCAUCUCCUUUCACCUCCCGAGAUUGUUUUGCUUCUUCGAAGAUUGACCUUGAUCUUAAUCUUUCUUUUCCUUCUCUACUUCGUAGCUGAAGCUUUGUUUAUUUGUUUUCAUAAUAUUAGUGCAGCGAACAUUCAAAUUUGUUUGAAAACCUUUUAAAGUAGGCGUAAUCUUUUAGCUAGGCUUUCUAUCGUGGUGACACGGUCUUCGGAUUACAUUGGUUUUCACAUGAAUCACUUGGAUUACACUUGUUCUUGUUUUUUU